AUGGUGUCAGGCGAGAAGUUUGUAGUCCCCCUACCUCCUUCCUCUAGGACCGUGGAGGUCAAGCGCCUGUCCUCCACCCCCCGUCUGUUCGUGGUGGAAAACUUCCUUAGCGCCGAGGAGUGCGAGGAGAUCAUCAAGACCGCGACACCGCUCCUUGCACCAUCGACGGUGCUGAAGCAAGGGGACCAAUCCAACGGGGAAGAGAAAGUGAAAGACGAAGUCCGAACGUCCGAGACAGCCUGGCUCAUGGACAAGAAGGUUCCGAUCGUCGCAAAGAUUCGUCAGAGGGUGGAGGAGCUCAUCCGCAUCCCGAUGUCGUACGCGGAGGACAUGCAGGUCCUCAAGUACACCUUCAAGCAGCACUACCAUGUGCAUUACGACUUCUUCGACCCCAAGAUGUAUCCAGGUCGGUGGAGCAGCGGCCACAACAGGCUGGUGACAGUCUUCUUCUACCUGACAUCUGUGGAGAAGGGAGGAGAAACUAUCUUUCCCUUCGGCAACACCUCUGCGGAAGAGCAUCACAAGAUUCAAAGUUGGGGACCCUGCGAGAACGCAGUGGAGUCGAGCAUCAAAGUCAAGCCGGUGCGGGGGAGCGCGGUCAUCUUCUACCUCAUGAAGCCUCACGGCCACACACACGGGGAGCUCGAUCACACCAGCCUGCACGGCGGUUGCGACCCUAUCGUGGGCGAGAAGUGGGCAGCCAACUACUGGAUCCGCAACGGCCCUGUGCAAUAG